GUGAGAAGCGGAGGUUGUGAACAAACAAAGAGCUAGUGUUAGACUGCUAGUGAAGCAGCCAUGCCAUACUCUCUGGAUUGGUCACAUCAACACUGUUACAGCAUUCUCUUGUAGAUCCAAUCCAGAUCAAUCCAGGUUUUCCCGGAAAAUUCGACUUUCACUUUGCCGGAGAAUUUUAAGCUGUCAUUUUCCAUGGCAAAUGCCUGGAAAAGAGACAGACCGCCGAGACUCCUCUCUCCCAGAAUCCUUCUCCUGCUCUUCUCCUCUUCUCUCCUCCUCCUCAUCUUCCUCUUCCUCUCCUCUCGCACCCCUAGUCCUAUCCCUGUCUCCGCUUUCAAGACCCUAAUCCCCUCGCGCACGAUCCAACCCUUUGAUUGCUUCAAAUGUCCACAGUCCCACCCUGUCAUUGCCAACAUCGUCGAAGGCGUCAAAUACCCAUUUCUUUACUCCCUCUCCGAUUUUGGGACCCUGCCCGACAAGCCCCACAAGAACAUUGUUCGGAUCCUGAAAGGCAAGCCCUUUCGGAAACCCGAUAUAUCGCUGACGGUUCAGGAGAUUUUGGAGAAGAUGAAAGAUCAGGGUAAAAAUGGGUUUGUUGUUGAUGUUGGCGCCAAUGUGGGUAUGGCCACUUUUGCCGCAGCUGUGAUGGGGUUUCGUGUUUUGGCGUUCGAACCGGUAUUUGAGAAUCUGCAGAGGAUUUGCGAUGGCAUUUUCUUUAAUCGCGUUGGGGAGUCGGUUACUGUGUUUGAAGCUGCUGCUUCGGAUCGACUAGGAAAUAUUACAUUUCAUAAGGCAUUUUUGAGGCAUGCUCUGGGGCAAGGUGUUUUGAAAACGCUCGAAGGCAUUGGAAAAAUGCGAAGAACACAAAAGGUGCAUGCCUUUUGGUCUAAGGCGUGCCCUACAUACACCUUUGACGCCUGCCUUAGUGAAGCGGAAGCCUUUUUGUUUGCUGAGGGGAAAAUAAAAAAAAUUGAAGGAAAAACCCCAUUAAACCGCAAAAACCCAUUGAAGAGCAAAUAGAAAACGAUUUUGAGAGAGAAACCUAACCCUAGCACUCUCUACCUUUAGCGACUUGAAUGUCAACCUCUUGUCCGGCAACAACCUCACGGUGACUGAACUGUUGCUUCAUUCGCACUCCAAGUCUUUGACAACAUCAUUUUGAGGGAGUGCUGCUCUGUACCUUCAGCAAUGAUGACGCGUGAAUAUUGGCUGCUGCUUCAUCCCGACAGUUUGGUCUUCUCUCUCAGUCCCUCACUCCCUUCUCGGUCUCACUUUUCCACAUCUCCUCCUCUCUCUUCUCUCUUUUUAUUCUUAGUUUUGAUUUCACAACCCACUGUUCUGGUUUUUUAUUUUUUUAUAUGCUCUUCUCUAUUCUCUCACUUUUUAUUCUCAGUUUUGCACUUUGAUUUCACCGACCCACCCACUGACAACUGUUCACUCAAUUUUUACAGCGUUCAAGUGAUCACUGUUCUGAUUUUCUCACCCUUCUCUCAGCACUUCCACGCUCAUAGUAUUUUUUUUUUUUAAGUUAUUCAUGUUAUAUUUUUUUCUUAAAAAAAUUCACCUAACAGUGAACAGUGAUUUUUGAAAAAAAGAAAUUACCUUCUUCAAUUUUUGAAAAUAUUUUAUUUGUAUUUUUCUCUUUUGCUUUUUUAAAUCACAAAUUGCAAAAUUAAAUUUCAAGUCAUUUAUGUCUUAUUAUUUUUUUAAGUCAAUUAUAUUAUUAUAUAUAAAAAUCUAAUGAAUUUUUUUUUUCAUGUUUUUCCAUUUAUACUAUUUUAUUUUUAUUUUUACAUAUUUUGAAAUAUUUAUUAAUUAUAAAAUGAGGGUUUCAAAAGGCUUAUGCAUCAACACUUCAAGGCUUACACCGCACCUUACGCUUUCGCCAUUAAAGUUUGAUCCAACAAUUAGUAUUAGAGGUAAGGGUCAUGGAUUCUAAUCACAGGAGCAUAUGUUGGGGAAGGGAUUGUUGAAGUGCAACAAUGCCGCACUUAAGUUUAGGGAUGGGUUACCCAAAUGAUGAGUCUUAGAACUAUCCCGUGAGGUGUGAUGUUAAAUGUUAUGAAAGGUUUCAUCUAACUUUACUGGACAUCAAUUGGUUUUUAGAUAAGAUUGUUGAUGUCCAAUCCAAUAGUUAUAUCAUGGGAAUAAAAGGAAAAUGCAUUGGUUACAAGUUUAUCAUGAAAAAUAUCAACCUAUGUAUGACUAGUGUUACCCAAUCUUUUUUUUUUUUUUUUUUUGAUAGGAGACUAGUGUUAAUCAUGUUUGCUUAAUUGGUCCAGUAACCCCUUUAGUGUAACAAACAAUAUUAGUGAAUUAGCUGUUUUAGAAGGGAAAAAGUGUGGUUAGCUCAUAAGGUAGGAGACUUGUUCUGUUAUUAAUCAUGUCACAGGCUAUGAUCUGGACUUGGAAACAAUCAUGGAGAAUAAUGUUUCUGAGAAGCUGAAACAAUCAAAUAUAUGUAGAUCAUAGAAUACUUUUAUGUGAUUAUACUUUGUAUAUUCGAGUUUAUUCCUUAGGAAUAUUUUAUUUCAGUUUUAUCUUAUAAUGACACCAUAACUUGGGCCUGUGGUUUUCAUAAAAACACUGUAACAAUUAAGCCUUUUGAUGCUACCCUUCAUUGUUUUAUGUGUUGCUUAUGCAUCCUUUCUUAUU